UGGUAUUAGCAACGCCGUCGUUGUCCAACUCCAAUACUUUAGCAUCACCAGAUUGAUUGAUGUAAAUAAGUGUAUUACUUCAGCUAGAUCUUCAGCUAGAUCUCUGGCACUUCGGACUUUAGUGGAUCCUCAGGAUGUUCAAAUUAUUGAAAGUAUACCUCUGAGUAGGACUAACCUGGGAGAUAGGGAUGGAUGGCACUUUACAAAUAAUGGAAAAUACACGGUAAAAUCAGGAUAUCAAGUGGAGAGAGUUUAUCCAGAUAAGGAAAAACCAUUGCCAGUGUUCGGGCCUACAGUCGAUAACUUUGAUGUUGACCCGAGAGAUACAUUAAAAUUGGCAGAGACGGAAGCGGCUUUAUGGUUGGACGCACAGAAUACGAAUACUCAGAUUCAAGUGCGACAGAUUGCGGAAAUUACCCCUGCAUCAAGACUAGGGAGAUGGUGUUUUACUGAUGGUUCAUGGAAAGAUAAUGAUAAGACCUCGGGACAAGGUUGGUAUAGCAUUUUAGAAGGUUUUGAUAGCUUAAUGGGAGCAAGGAAUGUUAGAGCAUGUCUCUCUCCCCUUCAUGCUGAAGUCGAGGCGUUGAUAUGGGCAAUGGAAUGCAUGAGAAAUUUACACAUAAAGACCAUUCAAGACGUCCUCAUCAACUCAGAGAUAGUUCAUGUACCACGAACGCAGAAUAUGCAGGCGGACAAACUAGCACGAAGUGCCAGGAUUCAACCGGCUUUUGUCGUUCAAAUGGAUGCAGAGUUACCGGCUUGGUUUUCCGAGUCUAGAUGA